AUGAAAUGGGACACAGUUGCUGUUUCGAUUCGCUCAGAUCAGAGUGUGGAAGACGUUGAAAGAGAGAUGCAGUUCCUCCAAAACUGUGGCCUGUUCGAGACUACUUCACUGUUGAUCGUCGGGGAUCCCUGUGAUGACAUCGGCUCGGCUGGAAGUGCCCUCAAUGCUCUACUGAACACCGUGGAACAUCUCUGUGCACAGCGUGGGCUUUCUGUUCUAAAUGAAUCACUGCUGGAGAAAUCGAAGAUCCUUAUUCUCCUACUGGGGGAAUCCAAGGAAUCUCUGCCUAUGGGUGCUGGUUUCCUGCCUUCCUUGAAAUUCGCUGAAUGCCCUUGGAUCGUACCAGACUAUCCAGUAGUUCACACAAUUCGUAAUCUGAACGAGUUGGCGAUGAGCUGUGAUCACGGAGUGUGGAUUUGUGGCUUCAGUGAAAUGAUAAAGGCUUUUGAUGGGGUAGCUAUAAUCCUCUUCGAUAAUUCCAGACAGAAUAAGGUGGAAUGCAAACCAGUGAGUGAGUUCUUCGUCCGACUUUCUUACGGUGUUCAAGAACCGCACGGAUGCUCUAUGGAAAACGGCUAG